AUGGUUGCACUCACUGAUCAGUGCAUAUUAGCGCGAAAGCUUGUUCGAAUACCUAAGAAAGAAAUUCACAGCAACUCAUCACCCAAGCUCAUAGAGACUCCAGGCCGGGGGCUGCUCUUGGUAUUUGACUUGCUGAUUCUGCCCUCUGCCUGGAGCCUACCAACACUGGAGCCUUUCACAAAUCGCACACCUCAACCCCCAGGAGACAGGUCCAAUGCGGGUCUGUCUUCAGAGGCUAUUGUAGCCAUCACAAUGGUCUUUUCCACUCUGGGAGUCCUUCUCAUAGCAGUGGAGCUGUUCCUGCUAAGGUGAAAAGUUCUAGAAAGUGCAAAGAGAGGGCACCUAGGGCCCAGCAGCGAGGAGCAGUUUUCCUACAAAGCUACUGAAGCCCAGGUCCCCCAGGGCUCCCCUGAGCCAGUGUGGGGCUGCCUGCCCUAUAGCUCCUCCCCUCCUUUCCUGUCAUCAAUCUUCCCUUCUUUACUAUGUGAUUUUGUGGGAAGGAACAAAAAUGCAGAGGAGCCUCAGUGA